CCCCUUGGCUGCAAAUUUUUCCUUCCCGGCGUAGGGGGAAGAUGAGGAAAUCCUUGGCCGUUGGCUCCGGCGACGGCGUCGUUCCAGCCAGCGCGGGCAGACAGCGUUCCACCUCGUCGUGCCAGGGAGGCAGACAGACAGCGUUCCACGUCAUGCGCGUGGCGGUGUUGCAUGUGUGUUUUCCUGCUCGAAUCAUGAUGAUAAAAGGUUAUUACUGCAUUUUCGGCCAUCAUGGCCCGUGCCGCCCGGCUAACCGGCGUUGGCCGGCCGGCCCUAGUCAAAACAACCUCGGCUCUGUGGACUCCACGGGUCAACCUCUCGCCGUCGACCGUCGUCCUGCUGGAAGUGGAAGGUAAAAUUGCCUCACCGCCGCCGGGUUUCACCGGCAGAUGAGGGGCCACGGAAAAAAUAUCUGCCCUAUACUAGACAGACUUGUGUAGGGUAGUACUGCUAGUGCGCUGUGCUGAAAGAAAGACAAGCUCCAAAACGUGGGGGCACCGGAAUCCAAUUCCGCCGGACCGGACCCCAUCGAUCCACAUCCAGCCACCCAUCAUCACGAGACCGGAGAGACCUGGCACAGCCGGGACCCGAACCGCAGGCGCAUCCGCACGGUGUGCAGUGCAAUCCAUGGGGACUGGGGAGGGAACGCCGGUCGGACACCGGGUACGCCCGCCCCCACGCCUCUGGCCCUCUGCCCUCCAGCUCACUGCCAGUGCCACUGUCGUCCGCCCAUCACUCCACUCCCCAACACCACCUCGCAGUCGCAGCAGCAGCAGCAGCAGCAGCCGCCGCCUCAACACUGUGAUGUGAGCCGGCAGCUGUGCCACUGCCACCCUUCCCCCCCAGUCCCCCAGCCAUAAAAACUCCUGCGGAUCUCCUCGUCGCCGCCACCCACGGCCACGCCCCACCUCCACCUCACUCCUCUUCCGCCCUCCGCCCGCAUCCACAUUGCCCAGCAACGCCGCUCCGCCUCCGCCUCCGCUGACGAUGGAGAUGAACAAGACCCGGUGGUGUCGCGCCACCCUGCUGCUGCUCCUGUCGCUGGCUCUCCGCGGCGCGGCGUACCUGCAGGAGCGGAAGAACUACAUCGUGCACCUCCGGCCGCGGGAAGGCGCCGACGGCGGCUCCGUCGAGGAGUGGCACCGCUCGUUCCUGCCGCAGGCGGCGGCCCGGCUGGACUCCACGGCUGACGGCGGCGGCGACGACGGCCCGCGGAUCAUAUACUCCUACACCGACGUCUUCACCGGCUUCGCCGCGCGGCUCACGGACGAGGAGGCGGAGGCGCUGAGGGCCACGGACGGGUGCGCGCGGCUGUACCCGGAGGUGUUCCUUCCGCUCGCCACCACCCGCUCGCCGGGCUUCCUCGGCCUCCACCUCGGCAACGAGGGCUUCUGGAGCGGCUCCGGGUUCGGUCGCGGGGUGGUGAUUGGGAUCCUCGACACGGGGAUCCUGCCCAGCCACCCGUCCUUCGGCGACGACGGGCUCCAGCCGCCGCCCAAGGGGUGGAAGGGCACCUGCGAGUUCAAGAACAUCGCGGGGGGAGGAUGCAACAACAAGAUCAUCGGGGCGCGCGCGUUCGGGAGCGCCGCCGUGAACUCGACGGCGCCGCCCGUCGACGACGCCGGCCACGGCACGCAUACGGCCAGCACGGCCGCGGGGAACUUCGUCGAGAACGCCAACGUCAGGGGCAACGCGGACGGCACGGCGUCCGGGAUGGCGCCGCACGCGCACCUCUCCAUCUACAAGGUGUGCACGCGCAGCCGCUGCUCCAUCAUGGACAUCAUCGCCGGGCUGGACGCCGCCGUCAAGGACGGCGUCGACGUGCUGUCCUUCUCCAUCGGCGCCUACUCGGGCACGCAGUUCAACUACGACCCCAUCGCCAUCGCCGCCUUCAAGGCCAUGGAGCGCGGCAUCUUCGUCAGCUGCGCCGCGGGCAACGCCGGCCCGGACCCCGGAACGGUCGGCAACGGCGCGCCGUGGAUGCUCACCGUCGCCGCGGGCACCAUGGACCGCGCCAUACGGACCAAUGUCAAGCUCGGCAACGGCGAGGAGUUCCACGGCGAGUCCCUCUUCCAGCCGCGGAACAACUCCGCCGCGGACCCGCUCCCGCUCGUGUACCCCGGCGCGGACGGCUUCGACGCCAGCCGCGACUGCAGCGUGCUGCGCGGCGCCGAGGUGACCGGCAAGGUGGUGCUCUGCGAGAGCAGGGGACUGAGCGGCCGCAUCGAGGCGGGGCAGACCGUGGCGGCGUACGGCGGCGUGGGCAUGAUCGUCAUGAACAAGGCGGCGGAAGGGUACACCACCUUCGCCGACGCGCACGUCCUCCCGGCGUCGCACGUCAGCUACGAGGCCGGGGCCAAGAUCAUGGCCUACCUCAACUCCACGGCGAACGGGACGGCGAGCAUCGACUUCAAGGGGACGAUCAUCGGCUCGUACCCGUCGCCGGCGGUCACUUUCUUCUCGUCCCGUGGGCCGAGCAAGGCGAGCCCGGGGAUCCUGAAGCCGGACAUCACGGGCCCCGGCAUGAACAUCCUCGCGGCGUGGGCGCCGAGCGACUCGCACACGGAGUUCUCCGACGGCGGUGCCGACCUCUCCUUCUUCGUCGAGUCCGGUACAUCCAUGUCGACGCCGCACCUGAGCGGCAUCGCGGCGCUGCUCAAGAGCCUGCACCCAGACUGGACACCGGCCGCGAUCAAGUCGGCGAUCAUGACGACGUCCGACGCGGUGGACCGCACGGGCCUGCCCAUCAAGGACGAGCAGUACCGGCACGCCACCUUCUACGCCAUGGGCGCGGGGUACGUGAACCCGGCGCUGGCCUUCGACCCGGGCCUGGUCUACGACCUCCACGCCGACGACUACAUCCCGUACCUCUGCGGGCUGGGGCUCGGCGACGACGGCGUCACGGAGAUCGCCCACCGGCCCAUCACCUGCGGCGGCGUUAAGGCCAUCACCGAGGCAGAGCUCAACUACCCGUCCCUCGUCGUGAACCUGCUGUCCCAGCCCAUCACGGUGAACCGCACGGUGACCAACGUGGGGAAGGCGAGCUCCGUGUACACCGCCGUGGUGGACAUGCCCAAGGACGUGUCGGUGACCGUGCAGCCGCCCAUGCUCCGGUUCACGGAGCUGAAGGAGAAGCAGAGCUUCACGGUGACGGUGCGGUGGGCGGGGCAGCCCAACGUGGCCGGCGCCGAGGGCAACCUCAAGUGGGUCUCCGACGAUUACAUCGUGAGGAGCCCCCUCGUGAUUCCACCCAAGGGAGAGCAGCAGUAGGCUCUUCUUUUGUGUUGCUCGUGGUGUUCAGAACGCUAAUUUUGCAACCAUGGUACAGAAUAUAUGUUUGUAUAGCGUCUCUAGGCUACGGCAUUGCACGGCAUGUUUGUAUGUACAGGCUACGAAACUGGGGACUGGAGCUCUUCUCGCUCGACGUCUGCUAUAUCAGCUGCGAUUUUGUUGUGUAAAUAGCGGAGAUGAAUAAAGCUGUGUCCUUGGGAUAUCAUAAGGGGCAUUUUCUCA